AUGACUGAAACAGCCCAUACAUCCGAUUCGGAAAUGGAUGAUCCGAACAAAAUUACAGAUGCUGUAUCAUGUUUAGAUUAUUUAAAACGAAGAGAAGUAUUCCUUUAUAAAAUGAUGAAUGAUCCAAGUCAUAAAGCAAUGCUUUAUUUUCUUGAGGUUCUUAUGAAUUCUGAUAGUCCUAUCACUGUUGACCAAUUAGCAGCGCGUUUUUCGCAUAAAUCAUUCAGUGUAGAAAUGCGUGAUGCAUGCGGUGGUGGAAGCGCUGAAGGUUUGCGUGAAUUUUUGCAACGUUAUCCUUCAUUGUUUAAUGUAAAACCGAAUGGACAAGUGACCUCGGUCACUAUUGAAUUACCUGGCUUAGAUUCAAAUUUCGGUGGUUUAUCUGAUCAAGAAAGUUGUUCAAUAAAAGAAAGCGGUCAGAAAUCAAUAAAUGAAAAUUUAUCCAGCAGUUCUUCUUCAUUGCAAAAUUCUUCUUACAAUUUCGAUUCUAAUUACUCAUCGAAAACAUGUCCAAUACCAUAUGUGCAAAAAGAAUAUACAUAUAGUCAAUUUCGGUCUAAUCGGAAACCCAAUCCUACCAACACCACUAAUAAUAAUAUUAAUCAUAAUACCAUUAUUAAUAAUAAUAAUAAUCGAUUGAAUAGUACAAGUUGUUUAUCAUUGACAUCUGAUCAGUCAAUUAGUUCAUCUAAUGGAUCGUCUAACUUUGUAAAAAAUUCAUCUGAUCAUUCAUUAGGACGUAAAAAGUCGUGGAAUAACUUCUCUAGUGGUGGUAUCGACACAACCAGUUACAAAAAUGUUGCUAAUACUACUACUAAUACUAAUACUACCACAAACAAUGAUAAUGAUGAUAAUCAACCACCCAUUGGUUUAUCUUCGAGAAAUCCCUCAACAUUACGAGCAAAAGCUUCAAAUGUUUACCAACCACCACAGUUACGUAAUCCUGAACAUAGAACCUCAUUAUUGCUAUCAUCCGGUUGUGAAUUAUGCUCUUCUUCAUCAAAUGUCCCUACUACAAUUAAUGGUAGUAAUUAUAAUGCCCUACUAAGUAGUAAUCAUCAUGAAUUCUCUGCAAUGACUACUGGAACAUGCAUACACUGUCCACUGAUAGAAUUUACCUGUCACCAUCAUACACAUCACUGUACAACUGCACAUCAUCAUUCAUCUUCAGCGCAUUGUCACUGUACAACCACUCCACUGACAGCGAAUCCAUCAGCUCCAUUAUUUCACCAUAUACAUGAUCCUAUUCAUAAAAUAUCACCAGCACAAACUACACUGCGAUCUCCAUCUAUACUACUACCAAACUGUUACAAUUUACCGGUAAUGGAGAAAUUCAUACUGGAAAGUGAAGCAGUACACUUUUUUCAACAGAAACUAAUCAAACGGGAAGAACGUUGGAUACCGAUUAAAAGCUUAGCAGGACAUUUAUCGCAGGCUAGUCCAGAAGUUCGUGCUAUAGUUGGUCCACAGUUGGAAUUUCGACGUUUUCUUUUGAAACAUCCUCAUGUUUUCGAAGUGCAGGGAGAUUUAGUUAGUGUAAAAGAUCCGUUCUCUAGUGUUUUUGGGUUGAAAAGAUCUCACGAUCGUCCGUCAGCUAUUCACUCAAGUCGUUCAUCAUCAAAUCUAUCUAAUGCUGCCCAAAGUUAUCUACCACGUAAUAUACCGUAUGAGAAGAAUCCCCGGCCCAAAUCACUUGUUUUACCGAAUAUGAUAAAUUUUGGACAUUUAUCAAAUGUAUCCGAUGGUAUUGGCGGUUAUUAUACACCAUCAUCGUCGAUUCAACGAUCCACUGCUGGAAGCCGCCAUCGCCGUUCAGCACAUUUUCUAAUUGAUAGUUCAGCAAAAUCUCCUCAGAAUAAAACAUUAACUGAGUCAGAGAGUAUUAGUUCAGUGCCAGCAACACCUAUCAAUUCGAAUCUUGUAUCAGAUAUCAGUAGCCGUGUGCAGACAGAAAGAAUAGAUGUCGAUAAAUCAACUAACAGCAUCAAUAAUAAUAAUAAUAAUAACAAUAAUAAUAGUGAUGGUGUCAGUUCAACUUCAAUGACAGUAGCAAAUGACACAUCUUCAUUAACCAAUUCAUUACCUAGUGUUACGCUGAACACAAUGAAUAGUAUUAGUUUAACUAUGUCUGCUAAUGAAUAUCGCGCAAUAAUGUUUUUACGUAAAGUAUUAGAAAAACAUGGUGGUGCAGCUGGUCAAUCUGGUUUAAAUUUACAUGAUUUAAUGCAAUUCUUAUCUAAUAAAGCACCUGAAACUGUUCAAACAACGAUUGGUUGGACUAAAAUUGAAUUAGAAGAAUUUUUAAAUCAACAUAAUCUAUUUUUUGAAUUAAAAUUAAUCAAAGCAUCAUUUAAUGGUGAUGAUGAUGAUGAUGGAACAAAUGAUAAUCCUAAUCACCAUAGUGAUUAUUCACAAGUGAAACAACAAUGUCAACAACGUAAAUAUCAACAACUAUCUAAUUCAAAUAUAGAUUAUAUUAAUGUAUGUAAUAAACGUUUAAAUCGUAUGAUUAAUAUUAUAAUUACUGCAUCAAAACCAAUGGAUUUAAAUGGUAUACGUACAUUGACAAAUCGUUGUGGUAGAAUAUUUCAUGUAGCUAAAUUAUGGGGAAUUAUUGAUUUGGGUAAACAUGAACAUGUAUUCUUUGAUAAAUCAAUAUUUCGUCAUGUAGAUGAUUUACAAAAACAUUUCAAAGUUGAUGAAAUUUUAUAUUUCAAUGCUGUUCUUGCACCGAAAGAGUCACGUGCAAAAUGGCGUGCAACUCAUGUUUGGAAAGAAUGUGAUCGUGAAAAUGUUGAAAAAUUUGGAGCAUUAUCUCAUAUGAAAAAAUUAAAUUCAUUAACCAAUAAUCAUAACAAAACACUCUUACAUAAUAUGCAAAACUUUUAUGAAUCCGAUAUAAAUAAACGAAAUGGACAUAACAAAUCGAGAUCACGUGAAGUUGCUAUCGGUACCAUGGAUCAUGAAGGAAAUGUUGGUACUAUGGAAACUACAAUUUCUACUGCUGCUGAUGACGAUACUGAGGUUGAAGAAGAAAUUGAAGAUUUUAUCGUCGAAACGUGUACAAAUAAUAAAGAAAGAGAGUUGGUCAGAUCAAAUCUAAAUCAGCUGGUGGAUAACGAUUCCGACUUAGAAUAUGCUUUAGCUGGUGAUGAGGAGAUUGAGGACGAAGGGGAUGAACCAUUUGUUUCACCGAUAGCACAUGAAGAAGGUUUACAUUUACCAAUUGAUAUAAAAUUUAUACCAGGUGAAGCCGAAGAAGAAAUGCAAUGUGUGCUUAAUUUUCAGUCAAAACACAAUCAUAAUAAAACUGGCAUCCAGCCAUUAUCAAACUCCAAAUCAUCAUGCUUUGAAUUAUACGAUUCAAGUCACUCAACAGAAUUAUGUAACCAAACACAAUCGGAACCAUGUUAUAUAAAAAGCAGUGGUAAUCAUACCAUAACUAUGAUUAAUAAUAAUGACGAUAAUUAUAUUUAUAAUGACAAGAAUAAUGAUCACAAUCGACAUCAUAGCCUUGUGACUUCAUCGACUGAAUCUUCAACGAAACCAAUGAAAAAUACCCUAAAUCAUUUAUCAAAAGAGGAUAGUGGAACAUCAAGUUCGCUAUCUGAAAUGAGUGGUGUAUCUAUAGCUGUUCAAACUGUCUCAACAGGUGAUAUAAUGACAACUCAGUUAUAUCACGAUAAUAAAGUAUAA